AUGAGGAAUGAGGACCUGACCACGUCAAAGCCUGAAACUACAACUAAGGAAACUACUACUACAAGGCCGACGGGCAGUGGUGGUGGUGGUGGGAACGAGUACCUGACGACGUCAAAGCCUCAAACUACAACUGAGAAAGCUGCAACUACGAGGCCGACGGGCAGUGGUGGUGGUGGUGGUGUUGGUAGUGGUGAAGCAGGGGCAAUAGGAGGUGGUGGUGUCGGAGGUGUACCUGGAGCUUGCUCUAUUCAGUGUCCAGAAAAACCAACUGGGGAAAAUUGUACCGAAUAUUAUGAUGGCUGCUGUACAAGAUACAUCUGUGGGGAUCUUCCAAGGAACUGUCAAGAAGGUGACACUGUCUUCGAAAUUGGCCAGUAUUAUAAGCAUAAGUGUUACACUUGCUCUUGUUCAUAUUCAGAACAAGGGGCAGUUUCUAACUGCUACAAUACAUACUACUGCCAAGGAGCACCGCACAAGGACUGUGCGUCGCUUGGCAAACCACAGGAUGAAUGCUGCGAACAAUUCGACUGUGCUAACACGACCUGCAACCUAGACGGCACCUACUAUGCUAUAAAUGAAGAUUGGAUAGCUAGGAGAGACCCUUGUAAGAACUGCACAUGCGUGAAAAAAGGGAACAGCCCACCUGAGACAGUCUGUGAGACGCUUGUAUGUAAAGAUCCGCCGUCGCCGACCUGCCGUCCACUCAAGUAUGCUGACGAGUGCUGUCCUCACGAUUGGGAUUGCACCAAUGAUUACCUCAUCACGACAGCGAGAAAAUAUGUAAGAGGCCACAAGGUUCCCCUUUGCGUUUUUGGUGCCUCACAGAAUGUACCUGUUGACCUGACAUUCCUGCUUUCGGAUAAAUCACAAAACUCUUCAUCAGUCAAGAUGCAAGGAACAACGGCCAAUGGCUACUCUUGCAGUGGGCUUGAAGUCCCGAGAACCAUUGCUGAAUCUGCCAUCCUGAACGUAACAGGCACAGUCGGACAGACAAAAGUCCAGCAACAACACCGGAUCAUGACUGUUGGAAUUUCCAGGACUUUUGUACAGACUGACAAGUACCUCUACCUUCCGGGCCAACUGGUACAGUUUCGUAUCCUGACCCUGACAGGAAGUCAAGGCUCUGUUUCAUACCAAUCUGUCGACAGUGUUUGGAUUCAGUCGCCAACUGGAAAUCGCUUGGCCCAGUGGACAAAAGUGGCCAAUCCAGAUGGGCUCUUGCAGCUCAGCUUCCAGUUGGCUGAUGAAGUGAGGAGGUUUGUUUGUGGAAACUGUUCUUCCUUGGGAUAA